AUGUCUUCCAACGGGGUCCCCGCCAACCCAACAUCCCACAACGUCGCCGCUCAUCUGCCAAAGCUUCAAGAUGCGGACCCAGAUAUCCGGUUCAUGGCGCUGAACGACCUUAAUCAGAUGUUCAUCAACGGCCACGGUCAAUUCCUCACACAUGACUACACUACCUGCGCCAAGGUGGUGGAAGGUCUACUACACACGCUCGCCGACACACACGGAGAUGUACAGAAUAAUGCCAUUCAGUGCCUGGGGCCAUUUGUCAACAAGGCACCAUCCAGCAUCCUCUCGCCAACGAUCGAGAAGGUCAGCAAUGUCAAGACCAACUCCUCCAUCGACAUCACCAUUCCAGCACUCGCUGUGCGGGCUAUCGUCGUUGCUCUGCCACACCCUGUUCCUGGCAUGCCAAGAUCAGACAAGGUUACUCAGGCAUACGACUCGAUCUCCAAGGCGCUGAUACCGCGUCUCAUUGGAAGAGUGGUAAUUCCACUGCCAAAUAACAACAAGGCUCCGCCCAAGGGCAUGUUGGAGGAGGAUCUGGAGACGGGAGAGGACAGCAACAGCCUUGAUCUGGUGGCGGAAGUGGCGCGGUGCUUUGGUUCGAUGUUGCAAGAGCCGGAACUGGAAGCCUUGGAGCAGGCCUGCAUGCAGGUAUUCGAACAAGACAAAUGUGGGACAGUGAUGAAGAAGAAGGUAUUUUAGGCCAGCACAUUGGUAUGGACUGAAAGAUGCUGACUACUCGUGCAGGCCGUUGCAGCCAUUGCUGCACUCGCCCCUCACUUUAACGACUCCCUCCUCGCAAGCCACGUAAGCGACACGAUCGAGCGAUUACGACAAUCCCAUUGCACCAACCAGCAGCGGAAGCUGUAUCUGACUGUGUAUGGGAGCCUGGCGCGCAGCAUUCCGCAAAAGUUCGGUCCCUACCUGAGAACACUCGCCCCUUUCGUGCUGGCUCCUCUCAGCCAGGAAGAGCUUGAUCAGCAGCGGGAAGCUGAGGCCGAGAAUGAGGGAGAGCGUGACGUACAGCUAGAGGAGGUUCGCGAGGCAGCGCUCAUUGCCAUCGAGAGCUUCUUGGAGACGUGCUCACAAGAUAUGAAACCAUACACACCUGAGGUGAUACAUGCAGCAACUCGCUUCUUGAAGUACGAGCCCAAUAUGGCGGAUGACGAAGACGAAGACAUGGAGGAAGAGGAGGAGGAAGACGAUUUCGCCGGAGACGAAGACUUCGAGGAGGAGACUGGCUUCGAGGAUGAGGACGAUGUCAGCUGGAAGGUUCGGAGAUGCGCUGCCAAGACGCUGCAUGCUCUCAUCGCUGUACUUGAUGCGAACGACCCGGCAAUGUACGGAGUGAUCGCACCUGCACUCGUUGCCCGCUUCAAGGAGCGAGAAGAGAGUGUUCGCACGGAAGUCAUCUCCACGCUGGCAUUCCUCAUCACAAAGAGCGGCUCGAGUUCAGCACACCAGCGCCACGCAGAGCACACCAUGCAGACCUCGAGCAGGAAGAGGAGACGAGGAUUUAGUGACUCCUUGGGCUCCGGUCUUCACGCUAAGCAGGCGAUUAUGAAUGGCUACGCAUCACCCUCCACUCCACCGCCGGUCGAUAAUGCCACCAAGGAGCUAGCCAAGCUCAACCCAGACGUCGUCAAGGGUUCUGCAAAGCUGCUGAGGUCGAGUACUGUCCCGACGAAGCAGGCCAUCAUCUCCCUGCUCAAGGAUAUGGUGGCAGCGCAAAAGGGCGGGCUCUCUGACCACGCCGACCUUGUCAUCGACCCCGUCAUCGAAACCAUGACGAGCGCGGGAUCCAACGUGGCGGGCAAUGCACUUCGCGUGGAGGCGCUAGCUCUGCUACGUGUUAUUGCAGAAAUGCACUCAAGCAAGGUCAUCCAACCUCACCUAAAGAAGAUCAUUCCAGCUCUGAUUACUGCAGCUAAGGACCGCUAUGCCAAGGUGGCUGGGGAGACAUUCUCGACGAUAGAGGUCUCCAUCAAGGCACUGACGCCACCACGGUCUGCGGCAAGCAAGACAGGUGACGUGCUCACGCAGCUAUACCAAGUGAUUACUGCACGUAUCACGGCUCAGGAUACAGAUACAGAAGUCCGACAGAAGGCAGUCCAGACACUUGGACUAUUGAUUGGCCGCACUUCAGGCUCUGCUGCAUCAAGUCUUCUCUCACAGCAAGAUCGAUUCGAUGGACAGCAGCUCAUUGCCGAUCGACUGAAGAAUGAGCUCAUUCGGUUGGCUUGCGUUCGAGCCAUCGAUACUAUUGCUGUGUUGGCCCAGAACAAAAAGGAUUUCAAGCCCGACUUUGUCAACACCGUGGCGCUCGAACUAGGUGCUCAGUUGCGCAAGUCGAGCCGUUCAUUACGAGGUGCCAGCUUGAGUGCGCUCCGUAUGCUUGCAAUCAACCAAGCAUCUCGAGAGUGCAUGAGUGAUGAGGUCAUUACUAAUGUGACUGCGAUGUUGGUGCCGUUGCUGAAUACAGACGAUCUACACAUGAUGGCUCCUGCGCUUUUCGUGCUCUCUGCAUUCGUCAAGGACAAGCCGCAACUUGUCACAACUCAAGAAGUCAUCGCAGGAAUAUGCUCCAUCAUGCGGUCCACUCUGGCAACUCCUGCUCUGGACGCCUUGACUGCCUGCGUGGAGUCGAUUGGGCAGGCUGGAGUCGGCAAGGCCUUGAUGUCUGCGUUGUUACAGAUCGCCCCUGAAGCUGACACCGACGUCACGGGUCAAGUCAUCGGCGCUCUGCUUGUGUCUGGCGGCGACAGCGUUGGCUUGCGACUCGAUGCGUUCACCAACGAGUUGCAGAAGCAGGCUGAUGAGAGCAAGAGAUGUCUUGCUCUGUCGGUCCUCGGUGAGGCUGGUCUGCGCAUGGGCAAGUCAUCUCCGCUCCAACCCCAGACCUUCACGACGUACUUCAACGACUCUUCAGAGAAGGUCAAGCUUGCUGCUACUGUUGCUCUUGGCCGCGCUGGAGGUGGCGACGUCAAGCAGUACCUCCCCAGCAUCCUCGAAGCCAUGUCCCAGGGCAAGCAGUACCUGUUGUUGCACUCUGUGAAGGAGCUCUUGCAGCACAGCCACGCCGAAGACGAGAUGCGACCGUAUACGCAAGGGCUGUGGGAUAACGUCAUUGCAUCUGGUCAGAACGAAGACAACAAGGUCGUUGCUGCUGAGUGCGUCGGCAGACUUGCCAUCAUCGACCCUACUUCAUAUCUACCGCAGCUGCAGACCUACCUGCAGAAUUCGAAUCCUACCAUCCGUGGAAUGGUCAUAUCAGCUCUCCGCUACGUCUUCUCCGACACUGACGACUCAUACAACCCGAACCUGCAGAGCAGUAUAGUUCCACUGCUCGCAACGAUGCUCGGUGACCGCGACAUUGACAACCAGCGCUUAUCUCUGACUACAUUCAACUCGGCUCUACACAACAAGCCCGGUCUCGUUCUACCACAUCUGUCAGAGCUGAUUCAAUACCCGGUGCAGGCCUCGGUCAUUCGUCCAGAGCUCAUUCGCGAGGUAGCCAUGGGCCCCUUCAAGCACAAGAUCGAUGACGGGCUAGAGAUGCGCAAGUCUGCAUACGAAACUCUCUACGCACUUUUAGAGUCGCCAGCUUCGCGCCAGCGCCUUGACAUGACAUCCUACUUCGAUCGUGUUAUUGCCGGCAUUUCUGACGAACACGAGAUCAAGAUUCUGUGUUGUCUCGUGCUCAGCAAGCUUCUAACAGUUGCUCCUCAGGAGUCUGCGCGUCGCUUGGAGGUUCUGGCACAGCAAUUUCGUAUCGUUCUUGCGUUCAAGCCGAAAGAAAAUGCCGUCAAGCAGGAGCUUGAGAAGUUGGCGGAGGAACAGAAGGCUAUCGUCAAGGUCAGCCACCAGUUCAACAAGGCAUUCGGAUCGGAUGCUGGUGGGGAGAGCCGCGCGUGGAAGGAGUACUACGAGUGGGUCAGGAAGGACUUUGCUCAAUUCCUGCGGGAGGCAACUGCAUCUCUGGAGUAG